AUGAUGUUCACCAGGGGUGACCUAAGAUCAUGGUGGAUUAUUCUGCCAGUAAUGAUUGGCUCUGCGACAGCUAUUUCUUACAAUCAGCCAAAAUUUUGUCCAAAUGUAACAUGGAGUGCCAAUGCAACAACAUUUGCAGGGAGCGGUGUUAUUGGCACACAACCUAGCGCUCUUUUUAUCGAUGCAAAUAAUACAGUUUAUGUGACCAGCUAUAGCAAUAAUAAAAUCAUGGUAUGGCCUAAAGGAUCCAGCUCACCCUCAAAAACUAUGUCUGCUGGUUUGAAAAACUCGUAUACAAUGUUUGUUACCAUUUCGGGUGACAUUAUUGUUGAUAACGGUGACACACACGGCCGGGUGGAAAGACUUCUGCCAAAUGGAACAAAAUCUACCCCUGCCAUGUACGUUAGUUCCUAUUGCAUUGGACUUUUUGUUGAUGUAAAUGAUACAAUUUAUUGUUCAUUGGCGAAAAUGCACGAAGUUAUCAAGAGAUCGCUGGGAAGUAAUUCGAACACAACAACAGUUGUGGCUGGUACUGGUAACAAAGGAGCGUCGCUAAGCAGACUUAAUACACCUGGUGGAAUCUUUGUUGAUGUCAAUUUCGAUUUAUAUGUAGCAGAUUCUGGCAAUAGUCGCGUUCAACGCUUCCGAUUCGGACAAUUGAAUGCAACAACAGUUGCUGGAGCAGGACUAAAUGGAAGUGUAACACUUGAUUUUCCCACGGGAGUAAUAUUGGAUACCGAUAAGAAUCUUUACAUUGUCGAUUAUUAUGGUAAUCGUGUCUUUCGAUCUGGACUAGAUGGCUUUCGGUGUUUAGUGGGAUGUUCUGGAAAAAAUGGUUCAGGUCCUACUGAAUUUUACUUCCCGAUCACCAUAGCUUUCGAUAGUUACGGAAAUAUUUUUGUAGCCGAUGAGCAAAAUAAUCGUAUUCAAAAAUUCGAUCUAAUGACAAACUCAUGCGACCCAACAACACUUGCUCCAACCACUACACAAUAUCAAACACAAUAUACAACAUAUAAUCAAACAACAUUGAUUUCAUCAAUCGAACAAACAUCAACAACUACGACAACAACGUCUACUGCUUUUCGAACGAUCAUUUCAAAUCAAAGUUGUUUUUCUCCGAACGUCACAAUCAUUCCAGCAGCAUCAACAUUGAAUUCACCAAUGCAAAUUCGUCGCAGUCAAGAUUUUUAUUUCAUAUCACUCAUCAAAAUUAAUUGCAAUCAAUCAUUUUCCAUCUCAACCAAAUGGACAGUUAGCAACUGUACAUCGACAUGCUCCAAUCAAGUUCAAAUUGAUGAUAAAGUUCUUACCACUUCUAGUGAACUGUAUAUUCCAGCUCGGACACUUCCAUACGGGACCUACCUAUUCCAAUUAUCAGUAAUCAUGCUCGAUAUACCUCAGCUGGAAACAACAUCGUCCGUUUAUGUUGAUAUCACACCGUCAGGUAUCACAGCAAAUCUUGUUCAAUAUGGAACAUCAAUGAUCACUAUUGGAUACAACCAAGACCUCCUACUUGAUCCAGGCUCAUAUUCUAUUGAUAUGGAUGAACCCUACUUCAAUGCCACAAACUGGAAAUAUAAGUACUAUUGUCGAAUCUAUGGUCAGUACAACUUUCCCAACUUACAAGGAUCUCUGAUCACGAUCGAUAAUCCAUUGAUUGAUCCGCUCAAUCCAUCUUGCCUAUCAAAUAAAACAGCAUGGAAGUUUGGCAAUUCUAUCAAUUCCGUCAUCAUCCUUCUCUCUCAAUCACUUCAAGCGAAUCGAACAUAUCAAUUCAUGGUGUAUAUGGAGAAUCGCAAGAAUUCAUCGCUCCAAGCAACAGGUUACCUUCUCGUCAAAGUGGAACAUACUCCGAGACAAAUGAUUGUUAUUGGUUGUAUUAUCCAAACCGUGUGCAUUCCAAAUCUGGAAUUCCAACUAGUGAAUCCAACGACACAGGUUGCAUUGUUUUCUGCAUGCUCAAGCAACUGUUCAACGAUUGUUAAUAUCACUUGGAAUGUCUACUUUGGCUCGAUGAAUUCGUCUUCGAAUGUCACCAAAUGGACUCUGUUCAAUCAAACAGAUGUGUAUGAAAAUAUCUGGUUCUUUGGAAGGUAUACGGGUAACUUUACGUCAACUAGUCAGUUAUUCCUGAUGAAUCCACAAGUUAGCCUUUGGCGAUUUGAAGUUGUCUACCAGUUUCUAUUCGAAUCGAGUGCAAGUACAUUAAAUUUCGUUAUCAAUCAAGCACCCUCGAAUGGCUCAUGUUCGAUUUCUCCAUUGAAUGGAGCUACUACUACACUUUUCACGGUUGCAUGUCCAGACUGGUUUGACGAAGAUGGCAUCAAAGAUUAUUCUCUUUACUAUUGGACAAGUGAUUCUACCAAGCGAUCGAUGAUUGCAUUUUCAUUGCUUUCAACGUUAGAAGUUCGUUUACCAACAAGUGAUCUGAAUGCAUCAGUAGUUCACUUGAUUGUCUUGGUUCGCGAUAAACUUGAUUGUGUUCAAGAAGUGAAUUUGACAUCAGUUACAAUUAUACAAGAUCUAUCCGCAGUGAAUGAUCUAUUGAACAACAUAAAAUCAAAUUCACUUGUUCGACUACUUUCCAGUUCAAAUCAAAAUAUUGUUGGACAAGUUCUCAACUCGUUUUCUCAACAACUGAAUCAAUUCAAUCAACAGAAUCUCGAUCAUGCUCUUUCGAACAACAUUCCAUUGGCUACUAUUUCAAUUUCUCAGUUAGGUGAACAACGACUACAGCAAACAAUAUCUUCUGCGAACAGUUCAGCAACGAUUGACUUCAAGAACAAUCUCAACCGGCAAGCCAAUGUUCGAGAAUAUCUGAUGAACUUCACUGACAACUUACCCAUAACAACAUCAAAUAGUAUCUUGUUUCAGUCAUCAAUCCUCUCUCAACUGACACAAUCAACAAAUCAACUCACAAGAUCAUCAGCGUUAAUCGCAUCGAACAAAUGCUAUCAAUUGGCUGUUCGUUUGAAUGCAAUAUCGAUACAAAUCUCAUACGAAGAUGCUCAACUCGCUGCGGAUCAACUCACUCAAUGCGUCUCCAAUGUUCAGACAGCAAUCAAUGGAGCACUGCAAGAACGAAUAGCAGUUCUUGAUAUGGAUUAUUCUCGUGCUAAUGGUUUUCCUGCUGAUUACGAUACCGACCUGGACUCUGCAUGGUCAAAUCCAAAGUUGUUCGCCGGCGGAAAUGACUUUUCAACGGAAACGAUGGAGAGGAAUCGAAAUCUGUUUUAUCAGAAACAAAUACAAAAUCAGAUCAAUCAACAAACAAAACAGACACUUGCAUUGUUAACUUCUGCAUUACAUAAUCAUAUGAACAUCGCUCAAAAUUUCACAAUCAACUCAUCAUCUGUCUUCAUGUCAUUACAAAUUACAAACACACAAUCACUUUCAAAUCAAAUCAUCAAACCAAUUGCUAGUGCACUAAUCCAACUACCAUCCAAUUUCACUUCAUCCGAGUCUUCAGUUUCACUUCGAUCCAUUGUCCAACCACUUGCACCAGCUGAUCAAUCGUACUCUUACACAAAUCUUUCCACAACCAUUUCCCUUUCGAUUCUUGAUCAAAAUGGAAAUGAACUUUCAUAUCCAGCAUCAUCCAAUAAUCCAUAUUGA